AUGUUCUCCCUCAAGACCGUUGUCCUGGCCCUUGCCGCCACCGCCUUCGUUCAGGCCGCUCCCGCUGAGCAAGGUCCCUCCCUGUCCAUGGCGAUGCAGAAGUGUGGCAGCGAGAAGGUCGUUUCUUGCUGCAACAGCAAGAAGGGCAACAGCAUGGGUGGCCUCGCCGGCGAGCUUAACGUCCUCGGUGGCGAGUGCAAGGUCAUCCCCAUCAACGUUCUCCUCAACAACCUGGUCCCCGUCAACAAGUUCUGCUCGGACACCGUUAUGUGCUGCUCGGGCGACCAAUUCGGUCUCGUCAACAUCCACCAUCUCAUUUCAGGGAUGCAUGUGAUCACGAUGGGGAUGAUGGUGGAGGAGGACGUUUGGAGUUCCGGUGAGGGAGCCUGGAUCCGGCGAUCAGCGCUGAGUGAAAGUUGGUCCUGGCGGCCGGGGGCCCUGGUUUCGUCCUAA